AUGGCGACUCUUCAGGGCUCAGGAGUCCCCAGGGUCAAGCUGGAACCACCUGAUCAGAACAUCAAGCCAGAACCUAUGGACGAAUCGCCCUCGCCCUACAUGGAAGAAGAUGACGAUAUCUAUGAAGAUACCGGAGACUUAGACUUCUCCCAGGCGCAGCAACCGCUUUGGCUCAGUCACGUCCCGCGUACCCUGUGGGAAGCUCUCUCCAAACUACAGGACGACGACGAAAUCGAGAUCGGUACGAUAAGAGUCGAAGGCCCGGAAUCCAAUCCUUCGAGAGUCAGUAUGAAACUGAGUGCCAUUCCAGCGUUUGAGAGCGAGCCCAAAGAGUACAAUCUAUUCCCUCCUCCGAUCGAGAAAAUGAGAGCCAGAAGACCAGGACAGGCCAUGGUCUUCUCGGAGAAAGAUCUACCCGGCUACAAACCCCGUCCUUUUGCCUGGGACGAUAUUGACGAGGAAGGAAACCCUGGACAAGGCCGGUCCUUCUUGUACGAACGUCACAAGCGGGAAGUCAAGAAGAAAGAGAACAAGGGACGAUAUACACCCUACACGCGGCGGCCAAUUCCUAAGCAGACGGCCAUCAUGGGGACAGUUGCAAAGGAAUUCGAGGCUAUUCCGGUGAAGAAUCACGAGUAUUUCGAGCUCGAGAACAAGAAGGCCGCCGCAAUGCUGAAGCCACCCGAACGGGAUCAAGCCAUCUUCGCAACUGGCGACGAGGAUCCAUCCAAGAAGCACAUACCGUUGAUGAGCAUGACCGACAAGGCAAACGUGCUCAAGAAUGCGCAGGCGCGGAGACACGCCCAAAAGGAAAAUCGCGCAGCACGCGUGGAGAAACACGUACUCAUUGACAGGCUUAUGGAACUUUUCCGACAACAUCGCAUCUGGGGUCUCCGAGAUCUCAAGGCCAAAGUCAAUCAACCCGAAGCAUAUUUGCGGGAGACGUUAUCCGAAAUCGCGUUCAUGUGGAAAGCGGGAGACUUCAAUGGCAAAUGGGAACUUAAGGAUGAAUACAAAAGUGAUGCCAUGUUGCUCAAUCCAUCGGGGGUCGUGGCCCCCAAGGUGGAGGACUCAGACAUGGACAAAUCCGGCAUGGAUGAUGAUGACGAUGACGACGAAGUGUUCGAGGACGUUGAAGCAUGA